GUUCAACAUGGUGGGAUCUAUUUUGUGCCAUGUCGGUAAAAUAAUUAUGCGAGAAAUGGCGGUGGAAACGCCUUUAUGCCCAAAUAUUGAUAUAAUAACCAUCAUAUCGAAGUAAACUUGGAGUCACGCGAUGUUAUGUUGUGUGGUCCUACCACAACGUCUUGGGGAAUCAUGCUGUUUAUUAGGCUACAGAUUAAAUAAAUUAUGAUGAACUUCACAGCGUGAGGAAAAUGGAUGGUGACCUUCAUUCUCUUUCCCAGUAAAUAGCAAGGGUCUUUAUGAAGGUAAAAUAGUGGCUUAAGUGUACAAGUGACAUGACGAUCGAUGCUUGACUGCCAGCUGUUAAUCUCAUCAUGUAGACUAGCCUACCCGUAUCUGCCAGCUGUUGGCUAGAGCAGGGUUUGACAUGGAAUACGUUUGACAAUCCUACUAUAAAUAGAUUUAUUAAAACGUCGAAAUAGUUUGACUGUGUAGGAACAUGUCCAAGCUUUGCGCUGGGCUUUUAUUUUGAAAGCACCCCCAUCCCACCGGAAAACCGACCUUCUGAAUCAUGACGUUGCUCAUUGGAGAUAUGCAGAUUUUCUUCCUGAAGGUAGACUGCUCGCACGUGCAAGAGGCAGCUUUGGCAGCCGGUAUUGGGAAAAUCACACUGAAGCCUUGAAGCUUAAGAAGAAGGAAGAGGAUCGGACAGUGUUCCCUGCAGCAGGGUGAUGGACAGUUAAGACCGCUACGAUGACCGACGACUCCUUCACUGGUCCCUCCACCAAGCUGUCCUUCCAUCUGGCAGCCAUCCGCGUGAUCAACCUGCCCCAUACCCUCUAUAACUCCCUCUCACAGGUGAGCCUCAGUACAGGCACUAAGAAAGUAGUUGCUGCUACAGCCUUCGGCGCUGUGUCUCUCCUCUUUCUCGCCCGUCACUUCCAGAGGAGGAAAGGCAGGAAGAAGGGAGUCCAGUCACCCCAGUGGGAGCAGACGGGGACCUUUCAGUUUCCGGACCUGGCAGUUCACCAGGAGAAAGAUGCCUGCAGUUGCCAGAACCUCAGCCUGUCUCUCAACUGUAAGAAUGUCUACGCCUGUGGCCUUCUGCCCAACGGAGGACCUUACAGCAAGCUGUCUGUGUCACUACAGAGUCUGGCCUCGGUAAAGAGUAUCAACUCAUCCUGUACAUGCGCUAACAGCUCUACCUGCUGGGACAAACCUGGAGAUGAAGACAUCUCUAAUGUAGUCAACAUCCCUGUUACCACGCCUCAAAUACUCUACCUCAGGGGUAUGGAGCUGUUUGAGGAGGCUCUGAGGCGGUGGGAGCAGGCCUUAACCUUCAGUGGCAGACCAGGGGAGGAGGAGCCUGACUGUUCCUCUUUUAUGCUGGGGGCUGGAGACUCCACAGCUGAGGAGAGUAUAGAGGUGAAUACACUGGAGACUACAGCUGAGGAGAGUAUAGAGGACCUGAUCAGUGCAGAGUUUGUCCACAAGCUGGAGCUUCUCCUCCAGAGAGCCUACAGACUACAGGAGGAGUUUGAAGGAGCUCUGGGCGUCUCUGAACCAUCCUCACACAGCGGCAGCCACGAUAAAACUCGUGUGUUUUGUAGAGAUGAUCUGGAUGAUGUGUCCUGUCUCAAAGACUCCGUCAGCAUCGCCUCCAACGACUCCUUCAUGUCUGCUGCAGAGUUGUCAGAGCAGCACAGGGAGCUGCGUAGUGCCUAUGUCGUGGGGUCAUGCAUAGCUAUUAACCCCUUCUAUGAGGAGGCCAUACAGUUGGCUGAGGAGGGUAAGAUCUCCUGCAGAGUACACAGGACUGAGCUGCUGGAGUGUCUUGGGGACACAGACUUCCUGGCCAAGUUACACUGUGUGCGGCAGGCCUGUCAACUGAUUCUGUGUGAGAGGGCAACGAGGACUUUUCUGGCCGAAACCGGAAAGAAGAUACUGUCUUCCAUAAUUGUAAAAGCGCAUAAGAGCCCGAAGAGGUUUGAAGAAGUGUUUGAGGAGAUGAUUGUUUUCCUGGAGCACCCGGAACACUGGGAGAACACAGAGGUGGAGCUGGCCACGAGAGGGGUGAAACACCUGAACUUCUAUGACAUCGUGUUGGACUUCAUCCUGAUGGACUCAUUUGAGGACCUGGAGAAUCCUCCCAUCUCCAUCCAGAACGUUGUCAACAAUCGAUGGCUCAACUCAUCCUUCAAAGAGACAGCGGUGGCGUCUAGCUGUUGGUCGGUGCUGAAGCAGAAGAGACAACACAUGAGGGUGCAUGAUGGGUUCAUAGCCCACUUCUACUCUGUGUGUGAGCAGGUCAGUCCUGUCCUGGCCUGGGGCUUCUUAGGGCCCAAGACUUCCCUGCAUGACUUCUGCUGCUUCUUCAAGGAUCAGGUGCUGUUCUUCCUGAAGGAUGUCUUUGACCUGGAGAAGGUGCGUUACUUCAGUGUGGAAACUCUAGCUGAGGACAUGCUCCACCUCCUCCAUCGCCGGUCUGAGCUGCUGUUGGCCUACCUGGGGGCCGACUCCCACACCCUGCAGCACAUCAACAGCUGCAUCACUGCCACCCCCCUCACCACAACAGCCAGCCCCCAACUCCACCCCUCUACCCUGGAAGAGGCAGUGGGAAGCCAGAUCUACCCCUAGAUCUGAGAAGAUUAAAUGGGUCUCCAAAAGUGCAUAGGGUUGAUUUGGGAUUGGGCAAGAGACACCCAGUCCCAAAGUAACUGCUAGCCACUUAUGGGGAAUGGAUUAGGGGGUUGAUUGGGCAGAGACUGAAACUGAGCUAGUGUCACAACCCUUGUUCUCAACCCAGAUUGACAGAGAUGUCUUUAUAAAGGCCCCAUAUAAUGGUGACUGACUGGAACAUUUUCAUACCUUUCUGUCACUCAAGAAGCUUCUCUCCACACACAAUUAUCAUGGUGUCUGUGCAUGUUAUAAUAUGGAUGUUUCCCCAUACGAAAUCAUGCUUAAAGUAACCUUGGAAUGAGUGAUGUUUUUGACAGUAAGAAGUGUGCAUUGUAAAUGCAGACAGUAUUUUAAUGGGACUAUGGACAUGAGGGUUGCAAAAUUCCAGUAAGCUUCCCAAAAUUCCCAGAAGUGUUUGGUUAGAAGAUUCCUGGAAUCAGGAGAGAAUAAGCAUGAAAUCUGGGAAUCCUCCAACUGGAAUUGCAGGAAAAAUUUGGGGAAGUUCCCAGAAUUUUGCAAACAUAGACAUCAGUCUGAGCUGUUUUAGAAGCUAAACACUGCAGUUUCAUUUAGGUAUUUAUUUGACUGGCAUCUAGAUAUUUAGAGGGCAUGGUAUGCAACUGUCCUCUAGACGUCUAGGGAAAGAACCAUGGCACAAAGGUUUUAUAUGGUCAUUUCAUUAGACUAAUUUAAAUAAAGUAUAGGGUUUACUGCUCUAGUAUGUUAAUAAUGGGGCAAGUCAAGAGGGUGCUACGAAAUGAAAUGUCAAUGUAGGUUUCUUUGCCCUAUCAUUUUAACUAUUUAAUGAUUCAUUGUGUGAUUUAUCUACAAUAUUAUAACCUUCAUGUACUUGCCAGUGUUGAUUAAAGAAGAAUGUUAAUUUGCUGUGACCAUUGCUAGUUUCUAUGGCGAUUUAAGGGAAAGACAUCAGGAACAGGUUAUCGGAGGGGGGAGGUAUUGAAAUUGUCUGUUAGCUUCGAGAGAGAAAUGGGGGCUAAUUAUUUCUGUUUGGUAUUCUGUGUAUUUUAUUUAGAAAGCCCAUGUUUUCACUCACGAACCUGCAGCAACUAGUUUGCUUGUCAGUUGACGUUCUAAGUUAGCGCUGUUCUGCCGUUGAUCAUGCCAUUACAUCAUUCCAUUUACUCUGAACAUGCUAAAUUCUGAGUAAAUCUAACUUUUGAACCAUA